CGGAGGCCGGAGCGGGCGGCGGCCCGGGCGGCGCGGGGGGCGCGGCGGCCAAGGCGGGCGGCGCGGGCGACAUGACGGACAACAUCCCGCUGCAGCCGGUGCGCCAGAAGAAGCGGAUGGACAGCAGGCCCCGCGCCGGGUGCUGUGAGUGGCUGAGAUGCUGUGGCGGAGGGGAACCCAGGCCCCGCACUGUGUGGUUGGGGCAUCCCGAGAAGAGGGACCAGAGGUACCCUCGAAAUGUCAUCAACAAUCAGAAGUACAACUUCUUCACCUUUCUUCCUGGGGUGCUGUUCAACCAGUUCAAAUACUUUUUCAACCUCUAUUUCUUACUCCUUGCCUGCUCUCAGUUUGUCCCUGAGAUGAGACUCGGUGCGCUCUACACCUACUGGGUCCCCCUGGGCUUCGUGCUGGCUGUCACCGUCAUCCGGGAGGCAGUGGAGGAGAUCCGAUGCUAUGUGCGCGACAGGGAGGUCAACUGUCAGGUCUACAGCCGGCUCACGGCGAGAGGGACGGUGAAGGUGAAGAGCUCCAACAUCCAGGUUGGAGAUCUUAUCAUCGUUGAGAAGAACCAGCGGGUCCCUGCUGACAUGAUCUUCCUGAGGACAUCAGAAAAAAACGGGUCUUGUUUCCUGCGGACGGAUCAGCUGGACGGGGAGACAGAUUGGAAGCUGCGGCUCCCCGUGGCCUGCACGCAGAGGCUCCCCACUGCUGCCGAUCUCCUUCAGAUUCGAUCAUAUGUCUAUGCAGAAGAGCCAAAUAUCGACAUUCACAACUUUGUGGGAACUUUUACCAGAGAGGACAGCGACCCUCCGAUCAGCGAGAGCUUGAGCAUUGAGAACACGCUCUGGGCCGGCACUGUCAUCGCGUCGGGUACUGUUGUGGGUGUUGUUCUUUACAGCGGCAGAGAACUCCGGAGUGUCAUGAAUACCUCAAACCCUCGAAGUAAGAUUGGCCUGUUUGACCUGGAGGUGAACUGCCUCACAAAGAUCCUCUUUGGUGCUUUGGUGGUGGUGUCACUGGUCAUGGUUGCCCUUCAGCACUUUGCUGGUCGUUGGUACCUACAGAUCAUCCGCUUCCUCCUCUUGUUUUCCAACAUCAUUCCCAUCAGCCUGCGUGUGAACCUCGACAUGGGCAAGAUUGUGUACAGCUGGGUGAUUCGGAGGGACUCGAAAAUCCCCGGGACUGUGGUUCGUUCUAGCACCAUCCCUGAGCAGCUGGGGAGGAUUUCUUACUUACUCACGGACAAGACAGGAACUCUUACCCAGAAUGAGAUGGUUUUCAAACGGCUCCAUCUAGGCACCGUGGCUUAUGGCCUCGACUCAAUGGAUGAAGUUCAGAGCCACAUAUUCAGUAUUUAUACCCAGCAAUCCCAGGACCCACCUGCUCAGAAGGGCCCCACGCUCACCACCAAAGUCCGGCGGACCAUGAGCAGCCGUGUGCACGAGGCUGUGAAGGCCAUCGCACUCUGCCACAACGUGACUCCCGUGUACGAGUCCAAUGGCGUGACCGACCAGGCCGAGGCCGAGAAGCAGUACGAGGACUCCUGCCGCGUGUACCAGGCGUCUAGCCCAGAUGAGGUGGCCCUGGUACAGUGGACCGAAAGUGUGGGCUUGACCCUGGUGGGCCGAGACCAGUCUUCCAUGCAGCUGAGGACCCCUGGCGACCAGAUCCUGAACUUCACCAUCCUGCAGAUCUUCCCCUUCACCUACGAAAGCAAGCGCAUGGGCAUCAUCGUGAGGGAUGAAUCAACGGGAGAGAUCACGUUUUACAUGAAGGGAGCGGAUGUUGUCAUGGCUGGCAUCGUGCAGUACAAUGACUGGCUGGAGGAAGAGUGUGGAAACAUGGCCCGAGAAGGACUGCGGGUGCUUGUGGUGGCCAAGAAGUCUCUAGCGGAGGAGCAGUAUCAAGACUUUGAGGCCCGCUAUGUCCAGGCCAAGCUGAGCGUGCACGACCGCUCUCUCAAAGUGGCCACCGUGAUCGAGAGCCUGGAGAUGGAGAUGGAGUUGCUGUGCCUGACGGGGGUGGAGGACCAGCUGCAGGCAGACGUGAGGCCCACACUCGAGACCCUGAGGAAUGCCGGCAUCAAGGUUUGGAUGCUGACAGGGGACAAGCUGGAGACAGCUACAUGCACUGCGAAGAAUGCACAUCUGGUGACCAGAAACCAAGACAUCCACGUUUUUCGGCUGGUGACCAACCGCAGCGAGGCCCACCUCGAGCUGAACGCUUUCCGCAGGAAGCACGACUGUGCCCUGGUCAUCUCGGGAGACUCCCUGGAGGUUUGCCUCAAGUACUACGAGUACGAGUUCAUGGAGCUGGCCUGCCAGUGCCCGGCCGUGGUCUGCUGCCGCUGCACCCCCACCCAGAAGGCCCAGAUCGUGCGCCUGCUGCAGGAACGCACCGGGAAGCUCACCUGUGCCGUAGGUGAUGGAGGCAAUGACGUCAGUAUGAUUCAGGAAUCCGACUGCGGCGUAGGUGUCGAGGGGAAGGAAGGAAAACAGGCUUCCCUGGCUGCAGACUUCUCCAUCACCCAGUUCAAGCACCUCGGCCGGCUACUCAUGGUGCAUGGCCGGAACAGCUACAAGCGGUCAGCCGCCCUCAGCCAGUUCGUGAUCCACAGGAGCCUCUGUAUUAGCACCAUGCAGGCUGUCUUUUCUUCCGUGUUUUACUUUGCCUCCGUUCCUCUCUAUCAAGGAUUCCUCAUCAUUGGGUACUCCACCAUUUACACCAUGUUUCCUGUGUUUUCCCUGGUCCUGGACAAAGAUGUCAAGUCGGAAGUUGCCAUGCUGUAUCCUGAGCUCUACAAAGAUCUCCUCAAGGGAAGACCAUUGUCCUACAAGACCUUCCUAAUAUGGGUUCUGAUUAGCAUCUAUCAAGGGAGCACCAUCAUGUACGGGGCCUUGCUGCUGUUUGAGUCCGAGUUCGUGCACAUCGUGGCGAUCUCCUUCACGUCGCUGAUCCUCACGGAGCUGCUGAUGGUGGCCCUGACCAUCCAGACAUGGCACUGGCUCAUGACGGUGGCCGAGUUGCUCAGUCUGGCCUGCUACAUCGCCUCCCUGGUGUUCCUACAUGAAUUCAUCGAUGUGUACUUCAUCGCCACUUUGUCGUUCUUGUGGAAGGUCUCCGUCAUCACUCUGGUCAGCUGUCUGCCCCUGUACGUUCUCAAGUAUCUGCGGAGACGGUUCUCCCCGCCCAGCUACUCAAAGCUCACGUCGUAGGCGCGCGCUGGCCCAGGGCACGGCCUCUGCACUCUCCUGGUGGACAGAGAUCAAGUUGCGUUUUUAUUAACCGCCACCUGCAGAUCCUGCAGUAAUCGCUAACACGUGCGCGGGGUCCCGACGCCGAGUGGACGGGGAGGUUCCUGGAAGGGGCCCCCGUGGGCCUGCUCGGGCCCCGACGGUUCGGCCUUGAGUGAAUGUACAUAUGUUAAAGCCGGUGGCUCAGCAAACGGAGUUACAAGUGGGUCACUGUGCAAGCUUCCUAUGACUUGAAUUUUGUUGUCAUGUGAUAAAAAGUUUCUGUCCAGUUGACGAUUGUUAGAGGGGUUUUGGUUUUUGUUUUAAACAAUCCCGAUGUAUGUGUCCUCUUCACGUCUUUCUCGCUCUUAAAAACCCGUUUCGGAGAAAUGUUAAAAAGCGCUUGGUAUGGACUUGUGGGAAAAGACAGUGACUUUGGUAAACAGUUUAUCCGGAUAGUAAUCUCAAGGUGGACAUGCUAAGCGUCCUGUCCGAGACAGCUCUGCUUACUGAAGCCACACCGGCUUCCUAGGGUGACAUGGGGCAAAGGAGAGGAGAGAGAGAGAGAGAGAGAGAAAGAGCGAGCCAUAAAUCCAGUCUGUUCUCCCUCAGAUUCAGCAUCUCCAGCACUUGACUUAGCUUCACCUGCCACCUCGUAAAAAGAAUUUCAAAGGUGUUAUCCCGCUUUGUUCGGACCUGGUAACAAUUAUAAAGCCUGUGGCUCUCUGAGGACACCCUCAGCCAUUUUCAGCAGUUGUUUUAGCAGGAAACGUGCCACUGAACAGCUCCUAAACGUGUCGACAGAGUGAUAAGAGACUCAACUAAUUCUUUAGACAACGUCGCACAUGUGGCUCGGCCCCUCGGAGUGUCCUGAGUGCGAGGUCAGGGAUGGGGGUUCCUGCUUCCACAGAAAUCUGUUUCCUAUCAGGAGGCUGGAUGACAAAGGCAGAGGCAUCUCACCGUGUCGCUGUUCCUCGUUCGUCGGCGGCAGCUUCAGGCAAGGAGCCCCCCGCCCCCCAUCGGGGAGGAGGCCCCGGGGCCGCCGCUCUGGGGGUCUGGGCUCCGGGGCGCUGCCUACGGAUUUCAAGGGGGGACCUUGCUGAAAGGCAGCCAGGGGUGGAGAGUCCUCCCCCUGCCAGGACAGAGGACACGCAUGUGUGUUUCUUAUAAAGCUGUGGCUGCUCGUUUCAGAGGAAGAAGGGAGUUUCAAGCCCCGGACGUGGCAGGGCAAGGAUUCUUGGGUUUUCAAGUCACUCGGCGCCGCAGCCACACAUGCAGGCCAUCGGCGCGGUUGGUGUGUGUGCCAGAGCUGACCGUGUUUGGGAUCUUGGGUGUGUGAUUAAUUCCCUCAGCCCUUUAGCAUGACGCUUCUCGUGUGCGCUCCAGGGAUGGGAGCUCCAGCCUGGCGGCAGGACCAACCUGCCCUGGGGGAGGGGGGGGCGGGAGGAGCAGGAGGUAGUUCCUUGCCUGGGGAGCACUCUCGACGUGCUCGUGGGUUUAUGUUGCCCUUUUAAGACUUUAUAUAAAGAGGACAGUAGGUUUCAGGCACUGGUAAGCGGGCUGUGACAUCGCUUCUGUUUUAAGAUUGUGCAUUUCCGCAGUGUGUUUGCCUUCCUGGGCCAGCCGUUUCUGCCCAACGGAAAAGACCUACAGAGGAUAUAGGUUGCAGCGAAUGAGUGGUUAUUUAGGAAUAGGACCCUGGUCCAGAACUCUCAGGAACGUGGAACAGGUGUGACUUCUUUCCCGAGUGAUGUUCUGGAGUUUUCAAAGGUAGGGAAGGGUUGCGUCGGGCUCCGAGUUUCACGCUUGCAUUGGAAGUUGGAAGUCCGAUUGCAUUCUGAGUUUGCAAAACCCUGAGCCUGGCCUUCUUCACGGGCAGGUGACGGCCCCUGCAGGUCUGCCUUGUGGGACCACGGUUGGGAAAUGUGAGACACUCCCAGGAGCUUCAGGGAGGUGGUCUCUCUCUGUCCCAAGUCCCACCUUUGAUCCAGGUGUGGGAGUUGACUUUUGAGGUCAACACGUGAGAUACCCCGGAAGGAAGGAAGCUUCUCAGAGAGGCCGAAGCCGCCCCCGCCCCCGGAGGCUGAAGGAGGCUUGUCUGUGCCAUGGAAACCCUCGUUCCGUUGUGCCAGCCGCGCUCUGGUGGAGGCAGUCAGGGGCCAGAGGCACCCAGACCCAAGUGGCACCCAGACCGCCACGCGGUGGAGCGGCCCGUCCAGGGCCGGAGCCUCCAGUCGUCUGAGAGCACAGGAAGCUUACCCGGGCCCCGCAGACUGACCCCAGCGGAGAAAGGGCACACGCGCGUGCCAUCCUAGGUGUGGGGGAGACACACGCACCCGAGCUAAUUUCUAGGAACCUCCUGAGUUCGUAAACCUUAGGCAUCAGGAUUCUUUUGGCCUUUUUCUUGGUUUACCAAUCUGGAAAGAAUUUAGGAAACACCACUGACCCCCCUCCCCUCCCCUUGGACCUCGGGGCGGGGUGGGGGGACCAAAGUGUCUGACAGCUGAUGUAAUUUGAGGCCGGACCCCCCACCCCACCCCCCGGCUCGCAAUCCGUGUUCAAACGUUUCUCCUUAAAGCAAAAAUGACAAGUCCCCCUGCCCUCCUGACACCACUAUGUAUUUCUGUCGCAAUAAGCACUUUCAUUACUUUGUGAUGACUCCUAGUCUGUUUCUCGGUGAUGGCUGUGUGCGCGUGAGGACAGUGGGAUCUCUUUGUGCGUUCUCCUUUUUCCCUCCUUCCUUCCUCUUACGCAAAUGACCAGACAAGCUUCUUCCGCCUUCAGUGAUUUCCGAUGCCUGACAGUGUUGAUCCCAGUUUGGAGGGCGCGCAGGCUCACGUGCGUGUUGCCCGUGGUGCCAGGCGAGACUGGCCGUGCCGACCGAGCUGCCUGGGGCGGCCGGCUUGGCCCCGGAGCGAGGAGGGGGCACCCCCGGGAGCAUCUUGACAUCGGAGCAAAGCAGCUGUUGGCAGCCACCGGGGGCUGGGAUGCUCCCACCGAUGGGGUUGUUAUGUCCAGGUCCCAGGCCAGCUUCCCGUACCAAGUGCAGCCCUCUCGUGCAGCAGCGAUCUUAAAUACCGACGUCUGCUCCCCCUGCCCUCGGUGUGCUCUCCGCCGAAGGCCGCCGUUACUCUGACAACUUCUGAAUGUAUUUUGAGUUUUGUGCUCACUGGAAAUCGACACGAUAAUGCCUAUUCCUUCUCCGGACUUUUGUUUUUAUACUUUGUUUUGUUUUUACUGGGGGUGGGGAUGGGAACGCCCUCAUGCCUUUACGGGGCAGCAUUUUAAACCUCUGCCAAAUUUGCCGAUGGGACCUACACGUGCUUCCCCUCUAUCCUGUUGAAGGCGAACACCUGUCAUCUGUUUUUGAUCUUUAAUCUUCUGUGUGUUUAAGUGUGUGUGUGUGUGUGUGUGUGUGUGUGUGAUGUCACCUCCAGUGUUUUGAUGCGAUACUUGGUUUGCAUUAAAAUCCCAUUAACUCCCAGCUUCGGUUUCGUGGAAAAGCGUACAAGGAGCUUUGUAAAUACAACAGAUUUUAUUUCUCCUCCCUUCCUUGAAUGUAAAGCCUCUGAUCGUGUAUCCUUCUUGGGAAAUAAUUUCCAUUAAUGUAUGUUCAUUAUGUCUUUGAAUGGACCUGAGAUGCACACCGGAGGCCUGAGCUCCUCGCCGUCUGCUCAGGCCACAGCUUCACCUGCCGCUCCGCCCCGGUCACCGCGUGGUCGGAGGUGCCCUCCGUUAACGUCCUGGGCAACGUCAGUGAAUCCUGCGUUUGUGAGGGGGUGGGGGGGUGGGGGGAAGGCAGGUGGGGGGUGCGCACACAAAAAGAUUUGUGACUAAUUUAUUAUUUUGUUGCGAUGGGGCUGACUGUUAACUCUCCUAGGAGUCCGGGCCUGCCUCAUGAGUAGGUCACUACGUGUGAUCCUCACCAGGACAGCGUUUGUCAUUAGAGGGAAGCUCUGGUCCAGGAUGCUUUAAUUUAGCAGGGACUCCCAGAUGAUUUAAAUUCUCGAUCCUGUGAUGAUACACAUGUGAUCCUGCGUGUUUCUGAGCAGUUCUCCUUUCAUUGUCUGCCAGCCUGGCCCGUUGCUGUUGCCCAAUAAAGCUUGUGUACUUUA